UUCGUUUUAUAUUACCUCAAUUUGGUUUCAAGACUUCAUCCUCUCUCAACCGGCUCAACGUAGUCCUUAGCUAUAUAGGAAACUAAUCUGCCCCCUAAAUAUAAUGCCGAAAAAGACAUAAAACAGAGCUUUCUUCUCUAUGCUAAUAAACCCCUACAAAGCUUUCUUGCCUAAAACGUCACUAUCAACUAUAAAAAAAAAGUUUCCGCCUUCAUUAUUCUCGUCCUCUGCUUUUCCAGUUUGCUCCUUUGUACAUUUCUUCUGCCUUCUUACUCAACUCUUGCUUCAGGCUUCGUCUCUUUGUAGUUUUGAGGUAGUUGUGGAGACGAAAGAUCCCAGAAGGAAGACAUAUAUAUAAUCAUGAAGAUGUCAAGCGCAAGUGAUGGCAGCAGAGAAGUCAGGGAACCAUUGGUGGACAAGGAUAUGGCUGAAUCAAAACCGGAGCAGACGUGGAUGGUUUAUCUUAGCACCUUUGUUGCAGUUUGUGGUUCUUUUGCGUUUGGUUCUUGUGCUGGAUACUCCUCACCUGCUCAGGCUGCAAUUAGGAAUGAUCUUUCUCUGACUAUAGCUGAGUUUUCACUCUUUGGUUCUUUACUGACUUUUGGUGCAAUGAUUGGUGCUAUCACAAGUGGGCCUAUAGCUGAUUUAGUUGGAAGAAAAGGGGCGAUGAGAGUUUCUUCUGCGUUUUGUGUCGUCGGCUGGCUAGCAAUCUUCUUUGCCAAGGGAGUAGUGGCUCUGGAUCUUGGAAGACUGGCAACGGGUUAUGGAAUGGGAGCAUUCUCCUAUGUGGUACCAAUCUUUAUAGCAGAAAUUGCACCUAAAACAUUCCGAGGAGCUCUAACCACACUAAAUCAGAUUCUGAUCUGCACUGGAGUGUCAGUUUCCUUCAUCAUAGGCACAAUGGUUACAUGGAGAGUCUUAGCACUAAUAGGACUCAUCCCAUGUGCUGUCUCCAUUCUUGGCCUCUUUUGUAUCCCUGAGUCCCCAAGAUGGCUGGCAAAGAUGGGGCGUGAUACAGAGUUUGAAGCUGCACUGAGGAAGCUCCGUGGGAAGAAAGCUAAUAUAUCGGAAGAGGCAGCUGAGAUUCAGGAUUAUAUCGAAACUCUGGAGAGGCUUCCGAAAGCCAAGGCGCUGGAUUUGUUUCAGAGGAGAUACAUACGCUCUGUUUUUAUAGCAUUUGGGUUGAUGGUGUUUCAGCAGUUUGGAGGAAUCAACGGGAUAUGUUUCUACACAAGCUCUAUCUUUGAGCAAGCAGGUUUCCCCACAAGACUUGGGAUGAUAAUAUAUGCUGUUCUUCAGGUUGUAAUCACUGCGCUUAAUGCACCAAUAGUUGACAAAGCUGGAAGAAAGCCAUUGCUACUGGUUUCUGCAACAGGGUUAGUGAUAGGCUGUUUGAUCACAGCGGUCUCAUUCUAUCUCAAGGUUCAUGACAUGGCGCACAAAGCAGUCCCGAUCCUGGCUGUUGUUGGUAUAAUGGUGUACAUAGCAUCGUUUUCAGCUGGAAUGGGAGCAAUGCCGUGGGUCGUCAUGUCUGAGAUAUUUCCAAUAAAUAUAAAAGGAGUAGCAGGAGGCAUGGCGACGCUGGUGAACUGGUUUGGAGCAUGGGCUGUGUCUUACACUUUUAACUUCCUCAUGUCAUGGAGCUCUUAUGGAACUUUCGUCAUAUAUGCGGUGAUCAAUGCGCUGGCCAUUGUCUUUGUCAUCGCCGUGGUGCCUGAAACCAAAGGGAAGACAUUGGAGCAGAUACAAGCUGUGGUCAAUCCAUAGCUCAACUCCUUGAUAUUAAAUUCAUAUGGGACAUCAAGUAUCAAUUUUGAAUGCUUUUAAGACUCUUAUCUAAACUAUGGUUAUCAUUAAUUUCUUCUCAAUGAACACUUUGGACUUCAAA